AUGCCACCAAAGCAAUCCAAAAUCGACUCGCGCGCUGAGACACUCUUAUUCAAGAAGCACAAAACCACGGUCCUUCUGAUGAUCCAACCCCAUGAAACUCUCGAUCUCGUCAAAGAAAUCUUACUACAAUCAUUGAAGUCGCGAGCUUUGGAUAACAUCAACGGCGACUCUGUUCCCGACAACUCUUUUGAUAUCGAGCUUGGUGUGCCAAUCGAUCGUGCCGACCUUGGGAAAGGCUGGAGGUCCGUAGAAGUGGACCUAUCAGAACUAGACGAAGACAACGCUUCAAAAAAGAACAAAGGCAAAUCAAAGAAACAGUCGCCUACUUUAUUGGAGACCGGCAUCCAAGAGGGACACACGGUUGCAUUCCGCUUCCGCAACAACCAGAGUCAAAAUCAAAUGGAUCUGGAUAUCGAGGACCCGGGCUGGGAUGUUAUUAUGCCCAGCUAUGACGAGGAGGAUUUGUGA